AUGGACAUUUCAUCCAACCGUGAUUUGAAUCAUGUCGUCCUCCCUCGCCAUCCCGGCCUUCCCGCCCUCCGCACCGCUGCUGGCCCCGCUCGCCGCCACGCUCCGCGCCCUGCUCUCCUCCACCGCCGUCAAGCUCUCCUAGCUCGCCGCCGACGCGCGCCUCCGCGCCCGCCGCGCUGGCCCCCUCCUCCUCCGCCGCCGCCUCCGACCCGAGCUCCGCGCUCGUCUCCUGGCUCCGCAUGGGGUCCGCGGCCUCCCUCGCUCGACUCCGCCUCCGCCGCCGGCUGCGGCGUCGCCGACCUCCGCGAGCGUGCCGUGGCCGCGUUGGCCGCCCUCGCGUCCUCCGACGCCGAGCGGCCCGCCCACGCGCAGGACGCCGGCGCCGCCGUGGUUCCGCACGCGGAGGUCGGCGCUGGGCCCUUGUCGUCCUUGGAGGAGCGCCCGCCUUCCACCGCCGUGGCUCCGGCCCAGCUGCCCACGCCACGCCGCCGCGGCCGUUCUCUAGCCCCGCGCCGCCGCUGGGCCUUCGUCGUCCUGGGAUAUCGCGCCGCCGGGGGUCGAGGACAGGGAUUAGGGCGGCGGCUGUUGGGGGUGGCGGCCAGGUGA